CCUCGCUCCAGACAAUCCGGUCCCCAAUUGACGACACAAGCGACCAGCAAGUCUCGAAAUUCACCGUCAGCACAACUCUCACGGCGGGAAUUCAGUCGCAAUGUCAUUUAGAGGAGCACCCCGGGGCCGCGGUGGCGGUGGUUUUGGUGGCGGCGGUUUUGGAGGUGGACGAGGAGGAGGACGCGGCGGGUUUCAGCAGCGUGACAUGGGCCCUCCCGCCACCGUUCUGGAGAUGGGCAAGUUCAUCCACGCCUGCGAGGGCGAGAUGGUGAUCGAGUCGACGAACCCCAAGGUCCCGCACUUCAAUGCGCCGAUAUACCUCGAGAACAAGACAGCAGUCGGCAAGGUCGACGAGGUCCUUGGACCCAUCAACCAAGUCUAUUUCACCAUCAAGCCCUCCGAGGGCAUCCAGGCGACUUCGUUCAAGUACGGCGACAAGUUCUACAUUGCGGGCGAGAAGCUGCUGCCUCUCGAGAGGUUUCUUCCGAAGCCCAAGCCCCCGCCGGGCACUGUUAGCAAGGUCAGGAAGCCCAGCCGUGGCGGCGCAGCCCGCGGUGGACGCGGAGGGCCGGGCGGUGGUUUCUCGCGUGGCGGAGGCAGGGGAGGCGGCCGGGGAGGUUUCGGCGGGUCACGAGGCGGCGGUGGCUUCGGUGGUGGUGGUUUCGGCGGCGGUUUUGGAGGUGGCCGUGGGGGUGCGCCGCGGGGCGGCAGAGGUGGUUUCUCGCGGGGUGGCGGUCGGGGCGGUGGUCGGGGAAGAUUCUAAUCUGUUGCAUUCAUCACCGCGCUCUCCAAUGCCGGAGGUGGAUGCGGGCUCUGUAUCACUACGAGGUACCGUGCUCCACUGGGCGGGUAUUAGUCUCAUUUUCGAGCGGAGCCAAAACGUCAGGUCGGGGUUGUCAUGGUGGCUGCUUGGACUGGCUACACAGGCGUUAUUGGCAGGCUUUGGGUUUUUUUUGCUGUAUUUCAUAGUAAAACUGGACCAGAUCUACGUCGUACAUGUCACGGUGCACCAGACCAGAAUCGGA